AUGAAAUCAUUACUCAAAACCAAACCUUUCACCAAACUAAUUCCAGUCUCAUCUUCAUUCUGUGCAAUUUGUCUCUUUAUGUUUAUUUCCAUGCUAUUCUUUACAUUAUCAAAGAUAGCAAUACCAAACAUAUGUCGUUCUUCAACUCAAGCUGCCGAAUCUGAUCCAACCGAUGCUAAUCAUCUUGUAUUUGGAAUCGCUUCAACUGGAAAUUCAUGGCCUAAAAGGAAACAAUAUGUCAAACUUUGGUGGAACAAAAAAAUUAAGGGUUGUGUUUUUGUGGAUAAUCUUCCACCCGAAGAAAAUGACAGUGAUGAUUUUGUUCCUCCUCUUUGUGUCUCUGAAGACACUUCAAAGUUUCGUUACACUUAUAAACGCGGUUUAAGAUCAGCAAUUCGCGUGGCGCGUGUUGUGAAAGAGAUUGUUGGAUUGAAUAAUCAUUCAAAUGUUAGGUGGUAUGUCUUUGGUGACGAUGACACAAUUUUCUUUCCUGAGAAUCUUGCUAAGACUCUUUCUAAAUAUGAUCACAGGCUUUGGUACUAUGUUGGUGCUUAUUCUGAGAAUUAUGAAGGGUCUCAUACUUUUGGUUUUGGAAUGGCUUUUGGCGGAGGUGGUUUUGCUAUAAGUGCUUCUUUAGCAAACGUUUUAUCUGGAGUUUUUGAUUCUUGUAUUGAAAGAUAUUCUCAUCUUUAUGGAAGUGAUGCCAGGGUGUUCUCUUGCAUAGCAGAACUUGGUGUUGGAUUAACAUAUGAACCUGGUUUUCAUCAGGUUGAUUUAAGCGGAAAUAUCUUUGGAUUAUUGGCUGCACAUCCAUUAAGUCUGGUGUUAUCUUUACAUCAUCCGGAUCUGGUUGAACCAAUCUUUCCUCAAAUGACAGCUUCAGAAUCACUGAAACAUUUAUUUGAAGCUGCAAAUGUUGAUUCACUGAGGAUCCUACAACAGACAGUUUGUUACGAUAAACAAUCUUCGCGGACGAUUUCAAUAUCAUGGGGCUAUGCUGUUCAAAUAUUCCAAAACAAUGAACUUUUACCAGAUAUUCUGAGAGUUCGAGAAACAUUCAAACCAUGGAGGAAAAAAUUGCCUUAUGCUGGAAUAUAUACAUUUAGUACAACAAAAAUUCAUCCGGAUCCUUGUGAAAGACCUGCAAUUUUCUAUCUAAACAAUGUAUCUUCUGAUAAAGACGGUAUUAUUAGCAACUAUACAAAAUCUUUUCAACAUUGUCCCAACGAUACGAUAUCAUUGAAGAAUUUGGAGGUGGUUAAAGUGGUCGCAAAUAAGUUAGACCUAAACACUAAACAGUUGCAGAGUCUAAGAAGGCAGUGUUGUGAUGUGUUGCAGUCUAACUCUGGUCAAGUAAUGGAAAUUGCAAUAAGAGAAUGCAAAUAUGAAGAAAUGAUUUAUAUGCAUUGA